GAUCUUUUAUCUAUGCCGUUGAUCUUCUACCGUAUUUUACACAUUGUAAUUUGUAAUCAAUUUAUCAAUUUUCGUUUUCUAUGGAAUAUGAUUUAUGAACUGAGUUGUCAACAAACUACCCGUGAACCAUAGAGUAAGACUAUGCCGUGAACCAGCAGUCAGUUACUUCUUUAUCUAUGCCGUGAACCGUUUUCCGCUUUGCAGCAUGCAAUAACCGUGCUUUGUGUGUUUCAAGUGACAACCCUGUUGCAGUACCGCGAAGGCGAAUCUAUUUAGUCAUUUAAUAGUUUAAGGGAUAUUUUUUUAAUUUUUAAUGCAUUAUAAUUUGAACUUAGCAGUACUUCACUAGUGUUUGUAAUACGUAAGGUUAGUUUAGGGUCGAUACACGAUGGUGGACGUAGCUAGUCUAGUCAACUCCAUUUUGGCGGACGAUGGCUACAACGCACUGUCUGAUGACACCAAAAGCAAGUUUGAGCAGUAUUUACGCAACCCUACCACAAGUCGCAAUGAGAUCGGGACAAAUACUUCAUGUGAAACCAGAAAUCAACCGGAAAUUGAUUUUGAUAUGCUCAACAACAGUACUAGCGUUCGAGAAGCUAAGUUUUUGGAAUUGCAAAAAGAAAUCGAGGCAAUCAAUGAACAGUUUAAAAACACGUUGAAACAAAAACAUGAUCUGAUGUUACACAACGAUUCACUAUUAAAGAAUUUACAUGAGGCUGAAGUUAGAGAAAGAAUGACUAAAGUGGAUGAUGGUAUAUUACAGCUAAAAAUUGAUACCUUAACUGAAAGUUUAUUAAAAUCCACAAAUAAAUUUUCAAAUCUUCAUGCAAAGUAUCAUAAAGAAAUAAAUGAAUUAAAACCAAAUUUAGAUGAAAAAAAUGCAGAGGUUUUGGCGUUAAAAAAUGAUGUCAAUUUAUUACAAAUAAAAUCUAAAAAUCAAGAAGACAUUAUAAACAUAAUGAAACGUGAAAUAGAUGAUUUAAACCUUGUACAUGCAAAUGAAACAGAAAAAAUUAAUAAAGAGUUAACUAAUAAUCAAACUUUAAUGAAUCAUUAUAAGGUAUGUUAUGAAAAUGAACUUGAGCAAACUAAACAAUUAACAAUGGAUAUAAUGGAAAAUAGAGACUAUGUAAGCAAAUUAACAUCGAAUACAAAUGAUAUUGAAAAAAGAUACGAAACACUUUCAAAUGAUCAUCAACAAUACAAAAUUGACUCGGAUAACACAAUAUGUGUAUUAAGAAGCAAGUUAAAUGCUUCAGAGGAAAUAGUUAAACAAUUACUUCCUGUCAAUUCGGAAAAUCCAAAUUAUCUUAUACAUAAAGGAACAACAAUUACUGAUGUUUAUGCUAUUUAUAAGGAGACGUGUUUAAGUUUACAAGAUACAACACUAGAACUUGAACAUUGCAAAAGAAACUUUAAUAUUUUAGAAGAACAAAUUAGGAAUGCUGCGCCCGAAGUUGAUCAAAUGGAGAAAGAUUUAAUUGAAUCAAAUGAAAAAGUUAAACAAUUAUGUGAAACUAUUUCAAGAUUGGAGUUGAAGUUGAAGGAUGUUAAUAAUAAAUUAGAACUGUCUAAUACUAAAUGUGAUCAGUUAUCAAAAGAUAAUAAAAAACUUCAAGGUAUCGAAGACGAUUUGAGCAAACAAGUAUGUUUCUUAUUACGAAGUAACCAGUGCAAUACACGUUAUGAAAAUCGUAAUGUUGGAAUAGAUAUGAGUCCCCAAUCAAUUAUUUCAAAUAAUUAUGUUACAUUUGAAAACAUACAAGGCUUACAAAAACAAAACAAAAAAUUACUAGAAAUUAUUCGUUCUUUAUCUAAAGCAAAUGAUGAACAAGAUAUACAAUUAAUAAAAGAUUUAAAGGAUGAAAUUAAAAUCUUGGAAGAUAAAUUAGAAUCGAAGACUCAAUUGAUUGACCAGCAAACGGAAAAAAUAUCUCAAUUACAAUCUUUGGAAUUAACGUCUAAUUUAACUACACAGUCAAAUGAUGGUGCACAAAUUAAAGUUCUAAGUCCUAACAAAACAACAUUAGAAAAUGAUGAUGAUAUAGAUGUUAGGACAGAAGAAAAUUUAGAAUAUUUUUCUGUAGUUCGUGAACUAAAUGCUGCCAAAUGUACGAUUAAACAACUUAAAGAGAAACUUGAAUCUAAUAGUGUUGCUCGUUUGCGGUUGGACCAACAUGUUCAAGAGUUAAAUCUUCAAAUAAAUGAGUUACAAAAAAAAAUAAAAACCUCCAAUAUUAGACAUUCUGAAAAUGAAGAAAACAUAGACAACUUGCAUGGCAAAAUAUUAUCUUUGGAAACAGUAAGUUACUUUUAA